AUGUGUCUCGUAGUGGAUUGUGUUGAACGUUGUGUUAAAUUGGUGAAUAAUGAUCAUGAUAAUCCCAAGUAUUGUUUACUUCAGAAAUUAACAGGACUUAUUUUCAAUUGUACAAUCGAUGUAUAUCCGGUAUUCUCUUUAAUGGAGAUGUUGAAGUUUCUAUUUCUCAUGAUCCUCCAAGCGGACUCGAAUUCAAAAGAUUAUUUUUCGUGUAUCGUUGUUGUAAGGUUUGAUGCGUACCCUCAACGGAAUUAUAUAGAGAAUAAUUGGAUUGUAUUUAAGAAUGUUCAGUUUUCAGUAGAGAGACGUUUGAAUUUAAGCAGAGGCAUGUGUUCUGCGGGAUAUUGUGCAUGCAUAAAUCUUACUGAUUUAGCUGAUUCAUUGCGUUUGUAG